CUGGAAUUUCUUUGGCCUGCGUUAAUUACAAUGUUCACACCACCGCCGCGGUGGAACUUAACGUUCAGGUCACGUGAUGCGUGACGAUUGCUGCAGACCCCUUGGGCUCUGUGCCUCCCCCCCCCCUUUGCUCCCACCUAAACCUUUAUUGGCUGUCAAUUAACUUAACGUUCAUGUGAACUUUUAAAGUUCAACCUAGCGAGUACAGUAAAAAUCCUUACACGCCUGUGAUGUCACUUAAGGGAGGCUAAUUUGGCUGUUAUUUUUCAUCGUGUUAACCCACUUUAACUCGUGAAGCAGUGUUCUCUUUUGUUGCGUGAGUAUUAUUUGGCCAUGAAUAUCAACAUUGACAAAUAGCUCUUAAAAUGACAAGAAAUAUUGCAAUUUUUUGUCUAUAUGUAAACUCUCGUGACCGAUAUGAUUCAUAGUCGGUUUAUUUUGGGUCAGAUCGUGAAAGUACAAGGUCAAUUAAAGCUAUACUCAUCCACCACCCAACAAAGCCAAACAAAUAAAGUUGCUACGUUCGCAAAUGUGUCAAUUUAUAUUUGUUUAUCGGCAAACCAAUCACGUUGAAUAACAAAGCAUGCUUUGCACAUUUGUCAGUGUAUUUCUUGUUGCAGCUUAUGCAUAUAUUGUGUUUUUUAAAAAUGUUGUUAUACAUGUAUCGCACUUAAUUAAUGGUUUAUAUUGUAACGUGGUUUGCCAUUGUAAUAAAAUAGUUUUAAAACAUUUGGUAGAUACACAUCCUAUAAUAUUUGACCGGCAAUGGUGCUCAACCAUUCCUGAACUUUUUUUCUGUUUCUUUACUUUAGGUUUGGGAAAACAAUAAUCAGAAGCUGAUGUGCUGGAGAAAAGAAGACAGGCAGUGGUAGCACGAAGCAAGGGGUGACCAUGAGUAUUACGUAUGACUCCGGAGGGGGCAUUGGAGGAAACAGGCUUAAUAGACUGGAGCGAGAAGAAUGCACCCUGCGAAUCUACCCUGGCGUCAUCUCAGAAGACACCAUCUACUGCCCCGUGCUGGCGCAGCGUGGGACCACGGCGGCCGAGGUGAUCCAAACUCUCAUCGAGAAGCUGCACUUGGAGCGGGGAACCUGCUACGUCCUGGCUGAGGUGAAGGAGUCGGGCGGCGAGGAAUGGAUCCUGAAUCCCACCGACUGCCCCGCGCAGCGCAUGCUGCUGUGGCCGCGCAGGGCGCUGGACGAGCAGUGUCAGCCGAUGAAGUCGCGCGAGGACUACCGCUUCCUGCUGCGCGAGAAGAACAUGGAUGGCUCCAUCCGUUACGAGGGUCCCCUGGACUCGUGGAUGAAGGUGACGGAGGAGCGGCGGCGCAUGGUGGAGCGCGGGUUCCUGCCGCAGCCCCCGCAGCAGGACUACGACGACCUGUGCCGCCUGCCAGACCUCAACGAGCGCACACUGCUCGACAACCUGCGCGUGCGCUUCAAGCAGGAGAAAAUCUACACGUACGUCGGCACCAUUCUCAUCGCGGUGAACCCCUUCAAGUUUCUGCCGAUCUACAACCCGAAAUACGUACGGCUCUACGACAACCGCGAGUUGGGCAAGCAGGAGCCGCACAUCUUCGCCGUGGCCGACACGACCUACCACGCGAUGCUGCGCCAGAAGACCAACCAGUGCAUCGUCAUCUCGGGCGAGAGCGGCUCCGGAAAAACGCAGAGCACCAACUUCCUCAUCCACCACCUGACGGCGCUGAGCCAGAAGGGAUACGCCAGCGGUGUGGAGCAGACCAUCCUCGGAGCAGGACCUGUGCUCGAGGCUUUUGGAAAUGCCAAGACGGCUCACAAUAACAACUCCAGCCGAUUUGGCAAGUUCAUACAAGUGAAUUACUGGGAAAACGGCAUCGUGCGUGGCGCUGUUGUUGAGAAGUACUUGCUGGAAAAAUCGAGGCUUGUUUCCCAAGAGACAAAAGAGAGGAACUACCAUGUCUUCUACUAUCUGCUUGCUGGCGCAACUCAGGAGGAGCGAGAAGAGUUCCAACUGAAGCAGCCAGAGGAGUACCAAUACCUGAACCAGGUUGGUAAGAAACCUCAGCAACGGGAGAGUUAUUACAAUGAUGACACGCCUGAUGGCUGCUUCACGGAAGGGGAGGACCUCAAGCAUGAUUUCAAGAGGUUGCAGCUGGCCAUGGAGAUGGUGGGGUUCCUGCCUGCUACGAGGAAAAGGAUUUUCAUGCUGCUAUCUGCCAUCCUGCACCUGGGAAACAUCUCUUACAAGAAGAAGCCCUACAGGGAUGAGGCUGUGGAGGUUGCCACGCCAGAUGUUUUAUCCAUCCUCUCCAACCUGCUUCAGGUCAAGGAAGAGAUGCUGACCGAGGCACUGACUACCAGGAAGACGAUGACUGCGGGCGAGAAGCUCAUCCUGCCAUACAAACUGACUGAGGCGGUGACGGCUCGGGACUCGAUGGCCAAGUCGCUGUACAGUGCUCUUUUUGACUGGAUCGUCCUCCGCAUUAACCAUGCCCUGCUCUACAAAAUGGAGCGCAGUGAACACGUCAAGGGUCUUUCCAUCGGGGUGCUGGACAUUUUCGGCUUUGAAGACUUUGAAAACAACAGCUUUGAGCAGUUCUGCAUCAAUUAUGCCAAUGAAUGUCUUCAGUAUUACUUCAAUCAACAUGUAUUCAAGAUUGAGCAGGAGGAAUACCAGAAGGAGGGCAUUCUUUGGAACACCAUUGAUUACACAGACAACCUCGGCUGCAUCAACCUCAUCAGCAAGAAACCCACAGGACUGCUCCACCUGCUGGACGAGGAAUGCAACUUUCCCCAGGCCACGAACGAGACGCUGCUGGCUAAGUUCCGCAGGCAACACGAUGGCAACAAGUACUAUGAGAGCACCGCCGUGAUGGAGCCCGCCUUCAUCAUCAAGCAUUAUGCUGGCCGCGUCAAGUACUGCAUCAAGGACUUCCGUGAGAAGAACACGGACCACAUGCGGCCGGAUAUCGUGGCUUUGCUGCGGAGCAGCGAAAGUGCGUUCGUGCGCAGCCUCAUCAGCAUCGACCCCGUGGCCGUGUUCCGCUGGGCAGUGCUGCGUGCCUUCUUCCGAGCUGCCUGGGCCUUGCGUGCCCUAGGCAAGAACGCCACGGAGAGCCUCAAGCCAGGUGGUACUGGUGGUGUGUCUCCGCGUGCACAGAGCACUCUGGCUAGAUUUAGCUUGCUCCACCACCCUGUGCACCAGCGGAGCUUAGAAAUGCUGCAGAGGUUCAAGGAGGACACUGACAGUAUGAAACGAAACUCACGCAUCCUCCUCGCAGACAUUCGUAGAGGGAGCUCCGGGGACAAACCUCACCGUUUCUUCAAUAGUGUGGAUCAGUGUCAAGAGGCAAUGCAGAAGACACACGAGACUAAUGGUGCUGCUGGUGAUGGUGGUGUGGGGAGGCCUGGGGCUGGGCUUAGAGGCUGCGCUUCUUGGCGGGCUGACUCCGAAGACGCCGAGUUCUUUGCCUUCCCUGCGCACAGCAAACUAUUGGAGAGGGUUUCUGGAAUCCUCACCAAAGGCAAGAAUGUAAAGUCCAGACAGAGCAUACCGAAGCAUCUGCUGGACGUGAAUUCCCUGAAGCACAUCGUGAACCUAACGCUGCACGACCGCACCACCAAGUCCCUGCUGCACCUCAACAAGAAGAAGAAACCUCCGAGCAUCAGCGCACAGUUUCAGACGUCCCUCAACAAGCUGAUGGAGACGCUCGACCAUGCGGAUCCGUUCUUCAUCAGGUGCAUCCGCUCCAACGCCGACAAGAUGCCUCUGAGGUUUGAUGAGAAGGUGGUGCUCAGGCAGCUGAGAUACACGGGCAUGCUUGAAACUGUGCACAUCCGGCAAGCCGGGUACAGCGUCCGCUACAGCUUCAAGCAAUUUGCACAGGUUUUCUACGUGCUCAUGCCUCAUAACUCUGGGGAAAGCAAGGAGGACAUCACCAACUUCCUCGAAACGAUGAGGCUGAACCCCCGCAAUUUCCAAAUCGGCCACGCGAAGGUGUUCAUGAAGGAGAGCGAACGAAAGAUCCUGGCAGCGGCGCUGCACACGGCGGUGCUGAGCCGCAUCACGCUCAUCCAAGGCUGGUUCCGUGCCGCGCUCGAGCGCCGGCGGUUCCUGCGUGCGCGCCAAGCGGCCAGCACCAUCCAGGCUUGUUGGCGGAGGUACAGGUUGUGCUGGAGGAUUGUCCGCUUGCAGGCAGCAUGUCGUGGAUUUGUGGCCCGAAAAAGAUAUAAAAUACUCCUUGAACAAAACAAAAAAGAGGACAUAAAGAGGCAAAAUAAUACCGAUAGGGUGAAAGACAGACAGGAAAAGUGGACCAAGCGAUUGGAAACCCGAAAUGCUCAAACAGAAGCCGACCGCAAGCAUUUAGAGAAGACCCUAGGUACGACUACGCCAGAAGAUGAAGGUCGCUUGUUUGCCAAGGGAGGGAGUCCAACAGAACUCGCGGACAAAGGCGUUGAUCCUUUGAGGGACGAUUUACUCAGAGCCAGUUCCUCGAGCAGCAUUGAAGACGAGAACGUCGGGGAGUCCAAGACCGCGGUGUCGAUGCGCGAUCGCCCAAAGUCGCUGCCUUUGGAAAAGCAGUCCCAGGUGAGGGCCAAGAGGCUGAGCCGCCGCCAGCGUGAGCUUGAGCAGGCCGACUACUCCCUGGGGUAUGCACGGCAGCGUUCCGGAGACACCUUGCCCAGCGUGACGCCGACGUCCGAAGGUGAAACGUUCCCUACGUCCGACAUUCCAACUCCGACUUCUCCACCUUCGGCUUCGAAACGUAGUGCCAGCGAUCAACUCAGCCCGAGCAGGGUUUUGAGCAGAGCUGGCUUCCGGAAAGAUGUCGACGCCAUUGCUCCCGGGCAGAAAGCUGGGGAAGUUGCCGCGAGAGGAAUGUCAGCAGCUUCGAGUCCAGUCACUCCUUCAAAAUUGGUCCUCCCCACACCAGACUCGGAAAGUUCUUCCAAGUUUAACAUUACGGAACAGUCCAUUGGCCAGGCAGAAAAGCCGUCCAGCCCAACACCUUAUGAAGAGCAAAGAGAUCUCGGUAAGCAGAGCACACGCUCGCCAACAAGCGCUGUCUCAAGGAUCAAACAAGAUGGUCAUGAGGAAGGGCUCAAAAUGCAGACACCUUCCACCGCAGAUGCCCCCAAAGCUCCAGAAUCUGCAGACACGAGUGUGAGAAGCCCCGAAGACAAAGCCUUUGACGAGGGGCGGCCGACGACCAAUCUGCUACAGAAAUUGGAGGAGCGGAACCGAGCAAUGCAGGGGAAGCAGCAGAAGAGGCAGCAGGACAAGGAUGAGCAUCAGAUGAUGACCCUAAUACGCCAGCAACGAGAAGCCCUCAAGAGCGAGCGCCUCGAUCUGGAGCGGCGCGGUGAGAUGAUGGUUCGCCAGCAAGGACAGAGGUUCCGCCCCAAGCUCGAGAAAAGCAAUUCGCAGCAGACCUUCGACGACGGAUUCUUUUACCAGGGAAAACCUGCCCCUCUCUCUCCCCCCGGUCCUCUGGAAAAAUUGCUGGCCGGCGGCAGCAUGGGCCAGCGCAGUGUCUCCGGUUCUCUCCUGCCUCUCGUGCCAACGGACAGCUUGCUGUCGUCAGAAGGGGGCGAUUACUCCCAGCCGCUCCUCACGCCCGGCAGCUGUGGGAUCCAGCGGUCGCACAGCGCCCGCGUCAGCGGCAGCUUCGAGAGCCGCACGUUGCCCAGCAGCAACCUGCGACGCGUGUACAACUACAACACGGACCACCCCGAUCGACUGCGCGAGAAGGCGCAGCGCUGGAGGCAGGAAAAUCAGCAGCUGUCGCCCAGGCAGGUGGGGGAGGACGCAGUACUCAUGGAGUCAUUGGACAGCGGAGUGGCUGAGGAUGUGGACCCGUCGGAGGGAUCCCGGGAAAGCAGCCUGGAAGGCCGUGCCGAGGCGGGGAGACAAAGGGAAUCUCGCGACACCCUCUCGCCACCAACGUCCCCCGAGGUUGGCAAUAAGAGCGAUGAGGAUAGGAAGGCCGGCGCUAACCAGCGCAAGCGUCGCCUCGCGUACACGCGCUCAGACUUUCUAGUGCGGCAGUCAACGGAGGCCGCCAGCGACGAGGAUGAGCCCAUCUCACCCGCGAGCCCCGCGCAGCUCCCUCAUAAGGCCCUUUCCUUACAGGACAGGGGCGCUGAGCUCACGGCAGUGGCCAUGCGGGAGAAGACCACGACGGCUCCAGAGAACAGCAAGCCCACGGGGUGGGGUCUGCCGGUGGAGUGGGAUGAGCGCUAUGCCCGGGUUGGGGAAGGGGCAGUGCCGGUUUCUGGGCAGUUGUUAUCCUGGCCUCCUGAUGAUGCCACGACUCAGCCCGCAUCUCUGCCAUCAUCCACCACAGUCCCCAAGCCCCCCUCUGCUCAGGACAAAGUGAGCCCAGUGCGAACCAAGCGGUGGGGAUUUGGGCAGAAGAUGAAAGUGGAGAAGAAGGGAUCUAAAGAAAGCCUUUUGCAAACAACGGAGCAGGAGGAGGCGUCAAGGCGAGGCGUCCAGUCACGGGAAUUCCACUCCAUGGAAUCCACCAUGGGCAGCAGACAAGAAUGGCACGAGCACGGUGGUGCCAAGCUGGAGGAUUUAACAAAACCCACCGCGGAGCCGAGGCCGCCGCAGCCUCCUUCCCCCGCUGCUCCUGUGCAGCCGAAGGUGCAACGGAGGAAAAGCCUCAAGAUCAGCAACCUCCUCAGCUCAUCGGCGCAGAGCAAACACUCGGACGCACAGGUCAUCUCGUCGCACGACAACCUCAGGCAGAUGAUCGGUUUCCUCCAGGGCAAGAUUAAUGAUCUCCUACCUGAUGAUGGCAAAAACAUCGAUGGAAUUUUCAAGGAGGCUUUGAAGGAGUUCCGUAAGAAUCUUGAACAGACCAACACGCGGGUGACCUUUUACAAUGAAGAUAUCUGCAUGCGCCACAAAGACCUCAUCAGCAACUUUGAGCAAGUUCUGGACAAGACGGUGCGGCAAAGGCCGUACGUCACGGACAAAAUGCAGAUCAACAACGUGUGCAUCAACCUAUUCAGUGGGUUCAUGGUGCAGUUCAUGGGCAAGUGCCAGGCCCUGGACGACUCCAAUGUCAUCAAGGCUCCCAAGAACGAAAGGAAAAAGAAAAGGAAGAAAGAAUCUGACGGCGUGGUGGAGCAUAACGGCCAUCAAUUCCGUACGGUGCAGUUCAACAUCCCAUCGUUCUGCGAGGCGUGCGCUACUCGCAUUUGGAUCAUGGAUCGUGGAUACGUCUGCCGAGCUUGCAAGUUUGCGUGCCACAAGAAAUGCUACUCAUCAACAACCAGGAGGUGUACUGGAUAUUACAACACAAACAAAAAGGCCGGUGGGGACAUGGUAGGAAAGCAGUUUGCCGUUGACCUGUUCCGGUUGACCGGCCCUGAUCGGAGCGUGCCUUUCCUGCUGGAGAAGCUGCUCAACUACAUCGAAAUCCACGGCCUUUACACAGAGGGCAUCUACCGCAAGUCAGGCGCCAACACCAAGGUCAAGGAGCUGCGUCAGCAACUUGACAAUGACGUGAACAGCGUGAACCUGGAUGACUAUCAGGUGCACGUCAUCGGCAGUGUGCUCAAGCAGUGGCUGCGGGAGUUGCCCGUGCCUCUCAUGACCCUUGACCUCUACGAUGAAUUCCUCCGUGCCGUCGGCGUGCCAGAGAAGAAGGAGAAAAUCAAAGCGGUUUACUCCAUAAUUGGACAAUUGCCAAGCGUCAACUACAGCACUCUCGAGAGGAUCAUCUUCCACCUCGUCAGGAUCGCCCAGUACGAGGAUACAAACCGGAUGUCGUGCAACGCCUUGGCCAUCGUCUUCGCGCCAUGCAUUCUGCGGCCGCCCGACACGACGGACCCCCUGCAGAGCAUGAGGGACAUUGGCCAGACCACCCACUGCGUGGAGCUGCUGGUGGAGGAGCAGAUGAGGAAGUUCAAGACGCGCUUCGCUGACAUUAGCACCCUCGAGAGCGUGGAGAACAGCGCCAACCAGCGCCUCUCUCUCAUCCGCCGCUCCAUGGGCAAAGGGAGGUACCGGCAAAGCUGGAUGCGUGGCGCAGGGCUCAAGGACGCCGCAACCGGCACGGCCCAGCCCGGCGGCACAAGCGUCGGCGACAAGAUCGCUGAGGAGGGCGAGAGUGACUGUGCCACGGAGGCAAGCGAGACCAACGAUUUGGACGAGUCCACCAUGGAGGAGGAGGAGCAGCUGCUGUCUCAAGAGAAGGAGACCAUCAAGGAGCGAUUGUCUGAGCUGCGCAACACGAUGAUCUCGCUGGAGCGCAGCGCGUCGGACGACGAUGCUCUGGACAGCUCCUCACGUGACACCAUCGACGGGACCGACGAACCCAGCAAGCGUGACCACGGGCACGCCGAGUUUCGCUGGACAAACAUGUUCAGGAGAAAGAAGCGCCUGAACAAGGGUUCCAUGCGGCAGGAGAGCACGGACUCGGCGACGACGUCCGACGGCGAGUCACUGUCGGGCCGCUUGCACCCGAGCGUCGCGGAGUACCGGGCGCAUGGCAUGGACGGGGAAGGCCGCCGCAUCACCACCCUCACGCCGGGCGGCAGCGGCGACGCCACGGAGGGACGCCUCCCGGGCUCCCACAAGCCUGCGGCCGCCGUGGCCGUGACUUUGCGGCAGCCUCAGAGCAAGCACGUGACGCGAUCCACGUUCCAGCCGCCCGAUCCCAAGCUCAACGGAAGGAAGUAAACGCUUGUGGGAGGCCAAGAUGCAGCGUGUUGGCCCGCAGCCAGCGAGGCUUGGCCAAGGGUAUAUGGUGCCUCGACAAAGUGAAGUAGAGUAAAGCGUGCAUGAUCGUAGAGACUGUGCCAUGGAGAAAAACCCCCAAUGGGUGUGGGGAAGUCAGAAGAGCGGACAGCGGAGCCCGUGGAAUGACGAUGCAAAGAGCGCGAGCCUAUUCAGUGGGACUUGUCGUGUGCACACGUCCAUGUUUGUGCCUGCGGGUCAGUCGGUUAGGAAGGAUGGAGUUCGCAUUAUUUGCUAUUUGAGAACCAGGUUUUACACGAUGAAAGUACACUUCUUCACAUUGUCACGUAGAGUUAAAAGCAUCGGGGUAAAUAAAGGUCACACUUGCAAGCAUAGUAUAGCCUAGGAAGGGAACUGUGUACUGCACAGCAACACUACUCUGUUGUGCACGUGUGUGGACAGUAAGACGUCCGUAACUUAUCGCUUAUAUUUUUUAUUCGGCGCUCAAUUGUGUGCCU